AUGAGUAUUCCUAAUAAACAAAAUAAUCUCCUUACAAAAGAAACUUACAUAGAAAGCAAAAUGAAUAAAAAUUAUUCCUAUACGAGUUCAUUUAAAAAUAAGAAGGAAAAAAUUAAAAGUAGAAACAACAUAAUUCUAUAUUCAUACAAAUUUCUUACUUUACUCUUCCUUUGUUUUUCAUAUAUUUUGUUACAGAUUAUGAUGCAGCAAAAAAAUAAAAUUACUUCUGAACUAAAUUUAGUUAAAAAUAAUUAUAGGAUUAUGUACGAAGGGGAUGAAUUACCAAAUAAAAAAGAAAGUAAAGGUAAUAUAGUUUUGAAAUUCUUAGACGAUGAAGGUAAAAAUGAAGAUGAAAAUCAAGAUGAAAAUGAAAAUGAAAAUGAAGAUGAAGAUGAAGAUGAAGAUGAUGAUGAAGAAUUUGAACCUUAUAAGAAAUUAGUAGAUCUUUGGAGACAAAGGUCAACUGAUUUCACGGAAAUGAUUUUAACUAUGUGGUAUCAAUGGAAUUGUGGCCGUAAAACUCGCGACAUGGAUGAAGAUUGGAAAGGAAAAAAAUUUAAUGAAUGGCGGGAUAAAUUUUCUCUAGAAUUAAUAUCGGACGAUAAGAAAUGUUUAGACGAUGUAACAAAAAUGGUAAAAGAUAAAGUUCCAGUCGAAGCAGUCCAAUUAUAUUGCAAUCAUAAAAAAGAGUUGUGGGAAACACGUAAAGAUCAGAUAUUAAAAGAAUGGAAAAUUUUUAUACAUAAUAGCCUUCAAGAUUGGGUUGAAGAAAAACAUAGAAGAAAUAAUAUAGUAUAUUAUGAUGAUGAUGAUGAUGAUGAUGAUGAUAAUCAAGGAGCAGAAAUAUAUGCAUAA